GAAGCGCGCGCGCAUCGCUCAAUCGCGCUUUGCCCGUUUCACUGUUUCUACGAUAAGCGAGGUUUUGUUUGUGUAAUUAUCGACCUGCUGCAGAGUGCAGCAUCAUAACGAUCUGAGGAGUUAUUGAUUCUUUCGUAAGUUGUAAUAAAAUAAAGAUACUUUAUUACUGACCUAAAUUAAAGAACAAUUAAAACAUGCAUUGAACGAUUAUUGUGAACGUUAAACGAUACGUUCAGUGAGCUUUAACGAUUAUUACUUUUGGUGAUAAUUGAAAAAUAUUGUGAAAAUAUCAAGUGAAACUUAUCGUCAGUACCCGAAGAAAAAAUAAAAAGUGAAAAUGACAAAGGAACUCACAGAGCUAGACUUUAAACCGAAAGAAAUGAAGAAUUUUGAUUUAAAAGUAAAAGAGACAAAAGAGGCAGACUUCAAACCGAAGGAGACGUGGCGGAUUGUGAAGAAUGUUGUGAUUAUCAGUAUUGCUUUUAUGGUGCAAUUCACUGCGUAUAGUGGGGCUGCAAACCUUCAGAGCUCCAUCAACGCUGAAUCGGGUCUAGGAACAGUAUCUUUAGCAGCUGUGUAUGCGGGCCUGAUCUUCUCCAAUAUAUUCCUCCCUGUUGUUGUAAUCAAAUGGCUGGGCACGAAGUGGGCUAUGUCUUUGUCCUUUAUAACGUACAUGCCGUACAUCGCUGCACAACUGUACCCACGCUUCUACACCCUGAUACCGGCUGGUCUGAUCGUAGGACUAGGUGGAGGGCCACUGUGGUGCGCUAAGUGUACCUAUUUGUCUAUUGUAUCCGAUGCGCACAGCAAAAUAUCCAAUGUUUCAGCGGAGGCCUUGUUAGUGCGCUUCCUCGGAUUAUUCUUCAUGAUAUUUCAACUCAAUCAAGUUUGGGGAAAUCUCAUUUCUUCAUUAGUCAUCUCAUCGGGCGACAACUUAGCUGCAGUGACUGCGGUGAAUGCAUCUAUGAUCCCUAAGCUUUGUGGUGCCAACUUUCUGCCCAGUACUGAUGCUGGGGAAGCCUUGAAGCCGCAACCACCUGAGAAGAUUCAAAUGAUUGCUGGUAUUUACUUGGCUUGCAUGGCCGGUGCAGCUAUCAUAGUAGCUGUGGGCGUGGAUUCAAUGACAAGAUACAAGACUGGCCGCAGUGCCACUGGUUCGGGAUUAUCAGGGAUGGCUCUAUUGGUGGUGACACUGAAGCUGUUAAUCGAACCUAACCAACUCAUGUUGGUCAUCAUCAACAUCUUCGUGGGAAUGCAGCAGGCCUUCUUUGGUGCGGAUUUCACUGCGGCGUUUGUUUCGUGCGCAAUCGGUACAGGAACAGUGGGAUUCGUGAUGAUGACCUACGGAAUGUCAGAUGCUAUCGGCUGUAUUGUCACCGGAUACUUGGCUAAGAUGACGGGUCGUCUGCCCCUGAUGAUCGUCGCCACAGUGGCCCACUUGGGCCUGUUCGUGUGCCUGCUGACGUGGAGACCAGAAGCGGACCAGAGCCACGUGAUGUUCAUCAUUGCUAUCAUAUGGGGGCUGUGCGAUUCCAUCUGGCUUGUGCAGAUCAAUGCUUACUACGGCAUCCUGUUUCCGGGCAGGGAGGAAGCAGCCUUCUCCAACUUCAGACUGUGGGAGUCGGUCGGCUACAUCAUAGCAUAUAUCAUCUCCCCAUACCUGCGAACGAGCGCCAAGACUUACGUCUUAAUAUCCAGCAUGGUUGUUGGGGUCACGUUCUACUUCAUAGUGGAAUAUAGAGAUAGGAAAUCCAAAAAAAUACUGGAGAUAUCGCCUGUUGACAAAUAUGUCGGUGGACUUGAAAAUACAGCGUAUAAUCACGCUGAGGAUUUCUUUGUAAGCGUUUACACAAUCUACAUUAUACUAAUUAUACUAGAGGUUUUACGCGACUUCAUCCGCGUAAAAGUCAACCUUAAAAGAAAGUUCACAAUGCCGACAUCCAUACCAUUCGGCUCCAACGAGAAAUGGCGCAUAAACAGAAACAUCUUCAUCUUGGGCUUCGCGUUCAUGGUGCAGUUCACAGCCUUCCACGGGGCGGCGAACCUGCAAAGCUCGGUUAACACUGAUGAAGCUGCGGGUACCUUCACUCUGGCCGCUAUAUACUUCUCGCUCAUUCUCUCCAAUGUCUUCCUACCGGCUAUGGUGAUAAAAUGGCUGGGCUGCAAAUGGACUAUCGCAUUGUCAUUCAUAGCGUACAUGCCGUUCAUAGGUGCGCAGUUCUACCCGUACCUCCACACACUGGUGCCAGCUGGAAUGAUGGUCGGCUUCGGGGGCGGGCCACUUUGGUGUGCUAAAUGUACUUAUUUGUCUGUGGUAGCGGAACCAUAUGCGAAAUUGUCAGGAGUUGCCGUGGAGGUGUUGGUAGUACGAUUCUUCGGCCUUUUCUUCAUGUUCUACCAGAUGGCGCAGAUUUGGGGCAAUCUUGUUUCCUCGACUAUCCUCUCAUCAACGCUGGGAGAGUCAACGAGUUACCUGAACGAAAGCUUAACACCAAAAGCAGCAGCUUUGGUCAGCAAUUUCACCGCUCCGACACCGGACUACGGAGGCACUUGUGGGGUUAACUUCUGCAGCGGAAGCGAUGCUCAUGAGAAUACAAACUUGGAACCUCCUUCGCCCCUAAAAAUUCAAGUAAUAGCGGGAGUAUACCUGGCUUGUAUGGCUUUCGCUGUCUUCCUUGUCGCUAUUGGUGUGGACUCCUUGACCAGAUACAAUGCCGGGCGCCAACCGAUGGCCCAAGGUAAAUCAGGACUCCAGCUGCUUUCCGUGACGCUUAGACAACUUCGUCACAAGUACCAGUUACUGUUACUACCGGUCAUCGGGUAUAUCGGCGCUGAGCAGGCCUUCAUGGCGGCUGACUUUACUCAGGCGUUCGUUGGUUGCGCUUACGGUAUCAACAACAUCGGCUUCGUGAUGAUCUGCUUCGGUGUGUUCAACGCACUCGCCGCCCCUGUGGCUGGCGGAGUCGUCAAACUAACUGGGCGGUUUCCUGUCAUGGUUACAGCUUUGGUCCUAAAUCUAUGUCUUCUAACGGCAUUGCUUCUGUGGAGGCCAGAUCCCGAGCAGUGGCUCAUAUUCUUCGUUCUAGCUGCAAUUUGGGGGACCGCUGAUGCCGUAUGGCUUGUACAAGUAAAUGCUCUAUCCGGGAUCCUGUUUCCAGGAAACGAGGAGGCAGCUUAUUCUAACUUUCGGUUGUGGGAAUCAACAGGCAGCGUUUUGUCUUACGCUUCUGCACCAUAUCUUUGCGUUAGGACCAGGUUGCACAUCCUUCUAGGUCUGCUAAUCCUAGGUUUCUCAGGAUACACCACAAUAGAAGUGAUGGAGUACCGCGCCAAACGUAGUCACCAUCAAGAAAGGAACUUCGAAUUGGUGGCAGAGAAAAAUGAACAGGAAUAAAAUAUGAAAUAGCUCCUAAGUACUAAAUGAUAUCUACUCAUCCGUUUUCAUGGGGUGGUGUCCGUUUAUUCUAUGGUAUACGAUGUACCAUCGAUUCUUAUCUCUGUUAUGUAUGUAUGCUUUUCUAGUAGAACUUUUUUACCCUUCAGAAAUAUGUCGCUAACUAUGGGCCUCAUAAGAAGA